AUGUCUGAGAAUGUCGACACCCCCUACGAGUCGACCAGUCGCACGACAGCAAGACCCCUCACCCCAAGCAAGACCCCUCACCCCAAGCAAGACUCCUCACCCCAAGCAAGACUCCUCACCCCAAGCAAGACCCCUCACCCCAAACAGGACCCCUCACUCCCUAAAGGUCUUGAGGCCUCCCGAGCCCCAACUACCGCACCACCACCAUCCUGUGCCCCUACCAGCCCCCGCCACCGACCACCGCACCACCACCCCUCCUCCCUACCAGCACCCGCCACUACCCCGCUCCCCGAUUAUCAUCCGCCACCAUCCAUCACUGCUUUGCGCCAACUACCACCACCCGUCCUCCUACCACCAGCCUCCACCACGCAAUCACUGCCUCGCGCCCCUACCACCACCCCGCCACCAAGCUACCACAACCUCAUGCCCCUACUACCACCCGCCACCACGCCUCCACUACCCCGCGACCUGAUCACCACUCGCCACCACCACCUCACCACUCCCCACACCCCCGACCACCGCCCGCCACGACGAAGGCGUCAUAUGGGCAGCGCACGCGCCACACCUGCGGCUGGCCAAGCUUCGCUCGUUGUCUUGCUGACCUCCAGCCUCCUCUUCUCCUGA